AGGGUUACCCCAUAAUUGGGCGACUGGUUGAAAACAAAAAACGACGGGUGUGGAUUGGCCACCUAACAGCCCACCAACGCGUGCGAUGUCGCACAACGAAGUGCCUCCACAAAGCCACCCCGAUGAGAAACAAGAUACAGUACAGAGCGUUUGGGUUCUUGGGACUGAAGUCCAUGGCGGCAGCGACAAGGCAGGAAAAGAUCCGCCGCACUUCCGAAAAGGCAACUCACUCUCUCGUCGAUUCUCCCCUCUCCUGUCCCGCCUAUUCUGUCUCGCGUCGCCUGCCACUCUUCCGAAAGCGCGCACUCCAGCCCUUCGAUGUACUCUUCCCAGGGCGACACUUUUCUCUUCCGUUGCGCUUCUCCCUCCUCCUCGUCGCGCUUCUCCCUCCCCCUCGUCGCGCUUUCUUUUCCCCUCGUUGCGAGGCGACAGGAUAGGCGAAGUCUAGGCGAGAGAUACGCAGAGGGGAAAAGCAAGGAUUUGACGCGAAGAAAACAAGGCUGUCCCGCAGAGAGCUAGGGACACACGAGGGGAAACUGCAAGCAACCGGUCCAGGGAAUGCAAGGGAGCACCGCUGGAUGGUUCCGCGCAGGGAUACGAUGAGGCGCAGGCGCAUGGAGGGAUAGGCACAGUGGGGAGCAAGGGAUGGCAAGCAGAGCAUACGCGGAGGGGAAGUACCGGCCAAGGCGGGGGGACACGCGGGAACAGGCGAUGGCAAUGCAGGGAAGGAGAGCGUUGAGGAAUACAAGGGUCAUGAGGGAGGGAGUGGGGGAUAUGUACGGGGAAGGCAAGGGGUACGAUGCGAGGGAAUGCAAGGGCCAGGCGUGGGGGCAGCAAGGACAGCAAGGACAGCAAGGACAGCAAGGACAGCAAGGACAUUGAGGGAAUUGACAGCAAGGAAUUAAGGGAUAUGCGCCGGAGAUUGAGGGAAUUAAGAGCGACCUCUCCUUACCCCGCUCUAACCUUCUCCGUUUCCCCUGCUCCUCCUGUCAGAUCCCCACCCCUCCCCCUCCCCUCCCCACCCCCUUCCCUUAUCUGUACACACUCCCUGCCAUAUCAGAUUAGACGGCUUCAGGGGGAACAUCCCUGCCGAUAUGAGAUGGGCUGUGGGGGACCCAUCUCCAUGGCGGCAUGUGGAAAUGCCUCUAGUUAUCUACACACUACUUCCUGGUCAGGGGAUAGUGACGACAUGCACUAUUGUUGGCCAGUGUGGCGUUGUGGUGGCGCUGUGAAAGAAAAUGUGCUUUUAUUUCGAUGGCAUGUCUGCUACUCUGGUCCUCGGUCUUAGGUACUGGUAUAUCCAUUGUUUUUUUUGUGCAUGUGGUGUUGUGAGAUUUCAAGAAGACAUGCUUUGUUGUGUAGUCUUUGCGUG